UGCAACGUGACACUUUAAAGGGGGCAGUCCUUCUUGGACACCUGUAGAUCUCCUUCAUCUUGCCCUGCAGAGACCCGGGCAUAGAGGGGGAAAAAAAGAAGCAAGCUGGCACUCCGGUGCCCUUCAUCCAGUCCUGGGCGAUAGGGAUGUCCUCUGCUGCAAGGCUGUACAUACCGUACUAACGUGAAGAUGCUGCGCGCCUGGCACCUCUGGUUGGGGUUCUCCUGCUUCCUCUUAGUCAACAGUGAGGACCCACAUUCGGAAGGACUCUCCUCCACAUCUCUACUGGACGUCUCAACAUUGUCCAACUUGGAGAGCGUGGACUCCAUCGAGCACGGCACUGACGGCUUCCCCGAUCCUGACUUUCAGCAGCCCCUCCUGAAUGCACCGCAGGGGUCCGGCUUUUCCAGCCAAGAGACAGAAGAAAUCACCAUCUUUCAGUCACCAAAAUAUUUCUGGGACGAUGAAGCAAAGAAAUCAAAUGGGAGCAGCGACGAUAACAGCAGAGAUCAGACAGAUGAAUCAAAUACCACAAAAAUCUAUGGUGUCCACCAAGAAGUCACUACAGACAGCAGCCCUUCACCUCAUGUAGUAGAAACAGCUACGCUGUUAAGGUCCGCAGAUAUCGAGGAGACCUCCAAACUGGCAUCUCCAAACACCAAGGUCCCAGAAGAGGAACAAACAAUCCAGACGACAGCACAGAUUGACAGGACAGAGCCAUUACUAAAUAUUGAGGAGAGGACACUUUCACUGGAAGCCACUUCUCCUGUUCACACCACGACCAAGACUCCCAGAAAGAACAGGAAGCAUUCAUGGUCCAAGAACCACCACGUCAACCACGAUCCAGAAUCAGACUCUAGGCCUGCACCUCCAGCAGAUUCAUGGGGCCUUCCUGCAGUACAUUCCCUAGCAGGACCUGGAUAUCAUGAAGAUGAAAGCCUAUCUACUCAGUCAUUGCCUGUCACCAGUGAAGAAGGAAAGAUAAGCUUCUCCACCCAACGAGAUGAAUAUCCGACCAAUGCAGCGGUCCCCAGUGAGAUAUCAAUGGCGUCACAUCAGGUCAUCUGCAAGGAUUGGAUCAGUUUGGCUGGAAAAAACUACGUUAUACUGAACAUGUCCGAUGAUAUUGACUGCGAAGAGUUCCGAUGGCAGAGGGGGCAGCAUCUGCUGUCGCUGCUGGAGGGGGCGUUGGCAUGGAAAACGGACCCGCCUCAGAGGGACUGGGUGAUCUUCCUGAGCAAACCCAACGAGAACGAUAACCAUCUGCUAAUGACAAUAACAGACGAGGAGCGUGUGGUCCCUGUAAAAGACGUCUUCACGGCACUUGGAGACAUAAAGAGGAGUCUGGCAGAGAUUGGGAUAGAGAGCUACUCCAGCACCGUCAGCUGUCAGUCCCGGGCCAGCCCUCCCCGCAGCGAUUACGGAAAACUCUUCAUUGUUUUGGUCAUUAUUGGCUCCAUCUGUGUAAUGAUCAUCAUUGCGGGAAUCAUUUACAUAUGCUGGCAGAGGCGACUACCGAAACUGAAAAAUAUGGAGCUGCAUUUCGUGGAGAACGGCUGUCAUGACAAUCCCACCCUGGACGUGGCGAUGGACGGCCAAUCAGAAAUGCAAGAAAAGAAAACAAGCCUUAAUGGCGGCACCUCUCACCGGGCGGACGGCUGGGAGACAUUAAUUAACAAGACAAGCAAGGAUGAGACGGACACCAUGGAAGAAGAUACUCACCUGUAGGGACCAAAGGGGGCCCGAGACAAACUUUUCUUUUAUAAUUGUUGGACAAGUUUGGUUAUAAAUGUUUAGUUUACAAUCUUUUCCUGUAAUUAGAUUGGUUGACACAAUGGAUUGUUGGCCCGUAGCAGCACAGAAGUCCAGUUAGCACACAGUGUCAGUGAGUGCCCGCGCUCUCGCCGUCGCCCUCCGGUCGCUCUCCAGUUUACAACGUUUGAGAUGAUUGCACUUUAUUCUUCCAAAGAUUAUAUCAAGAGCCAGCUCUCUGUUAACCUUAUCUGCCGAUGCAUUCCAGUUCGGCCUCGGCUGAGCACAAUUUUUUUUUCCUUCUUUUUCUGCGUGUCGUGAUGUAGGAGCAGA